AUGUCUACAACCGAUCGCUCAGAGUCGGGAGCCCUGAACCCCAUAGCCGAUGACCACCCGACUACAUCUCCGUCCACGACCCAGCCAACAGCAUCCACCACAGAUUCAACAGACCCAGCCCAAAUAACUCCCGCCGGUGUCGCUAAUCCGUCCACUUCUGCGACACAGCCACUUCUGUCCCAGCCAGGCCAAGCUGCCGUCGCGAACCACCCCGCAACCACUCCCGGCACAGGUGGCGAAACCGCCCCCGUGACAGUGACGGCGACGACUGGCACGGCCACCACCUCAACAUCCAACGACACCUCCUCCUCCGCUGUCGCCCAGCCAAAUACAACUGCGGCAACGACAACAUCAAUGGAUACCGAGGAGCCCAAGGCCGUGCAGGAGCUGUCAACUGAGCAGUCAGAUGAUGGCUCCGGCAAGGAAGUUGAGGAUACGGGUCCGUCGCUGGUUAUCACGCUGCUCUUGACGACGGGUUCACGCCACCCUUUUACUAUCGAUGGAAAUUAUCUACGGAAGCGAUCGGUGAAUGUUGAGAAUUCCGACCCGUUCCUCAUGAGUGUCUACACGCUUAAGGAGUUGAUUUGGCGCGAGUGGAGAUCUGAUUGGGAAACCCGCCCCUCGUCGCCUAGCUCUAUUCGCCUGAUCUCGUUUGGAAAAUUGUUAGAUGAUAAGUCGCCUAUCUCUGACUCCAAAUUCAGUAAAGAACAUCCUAACGUGGUUCAUAUGACUGUCAAACCGCAAGAAGUUGUCGACGAGGAAGACGCCAAGGGAGCCAAGGCACAGUACAGCAGGGAGCGCGAUGCUACUGAGCGCAGUCCAGGCUGUCGUUGCGUGAUUUUAUAG